AUGUCUGAGAGAAAAAUGGUAAAUAAGAGCAAAACUGGUAUUCGUGAAAAACUCCACAGUGCCAUUGCAUGGCUUUUUACUCCCGGACACAAAAGUAUUGAAUAUUGCAAGAACCAGGGCGAAGGAGAUCAUCAGGUGUCUGCUGCCGUGGAUGGGUCUUCAUCGUUGGCAGGUGAUGGGUGUCCGCUGACGACGCCACGCGCCAAUUUAAAUGUAAAAAUCAAUCGAGAGGGUCUCCAGCAGGCGGCGGUGUCGGCAGCGACAUCCCAACAUGCAGGCGAACUCUCCACGCGAGCUGCUGGUAACAACCUCGCUUUGGAUUUGGAUGCCGCCUCAAUUGAUCACAGCGAGUUCUUCUCGUUUCUUGAGGACGUUAUUGGAGGCAAACACAUUGAAAUGCUGAAGGAGCUAAAUCAAUUGCACGAAUCAAACGCCAAUAGCAACGUGGAAGCCAACACUGUUGACUCACCUUCUCCGGCUCCCGUAGAAAGUGGAGAAGGUUUUGGGGAAAGUGUUCUGAGGGCGUCCUCCUUUCUUGCUCCUUGUGUAGAAGCACAAGGACAAAGUGAGAGGAUUUCCGAAGUAAAACAAGACACCUUAGCUAAUAAAACGGAGAGAGACGGUGCUUCUUCGGCUGCUCGCUCGCUGAAGGGCUAUGAGCUCAUUGCAUAUCUUGGUAAAGGCGCAUUUGCCGAGGUUACUUUGGCACGGCAUAAAGCAACCCAGAAGCUCUUUGCGCUAAAGAAGAUAUCGAAGCGAAAGGUGCGAGAAGAGGGUUGUGUGCAGCGUACCUUCACGGAACGUCAGUUACUUGCGUCACUUAAGCAUCCCUACUUGGUGAAGUUGUAUCAGGCAUUUCAGAGUCGUACGCAUCUAUAUCUUGUUCUUGAAUUUGCUCAGGGAGGAGAUAUGUAUUUUUUUCUCGAAUCGAAACCAUGGCUGCGGGAGAUGCGUCGUAAAGUUCAAAAAUUGAGGAGGCUUUCCUUUUGCAGUGACAUGGCAUGCUCAUUUCCAGGCGACGCGCAAGACGAGUCUGAUCUGACGUCGAAUCACUCUUGUCCUUCUAAGCACUUGAUUUCUACCGUUUCCUCUUUCAGUAGCACAAUACAGUUGGCCCCAGACCAGAGCCGUGCACCAAUUCGUUUGGUCGCCUUUUACGCUAUUCAGCUUGCGCUAGUACUGCAGUAUCUGCAUGAUAA